AUGUAUAGAACAUUAUAAAGCACCCAAUGGGUCAUACUCUCCAUUUUAUUCUUGGAUAACUGACAACAGUUGUAAGUUAAUUAACUACAAAAUUCAUACGCAUAUGAUAAAAAUUGUAUAUUAGCGUUAAAGGUUAUUAGCAGAUAAUCAAGUUUCUGCGAUAGAUCAGAUGUGAGAUAUUACUGGUUACAGCAUUUUUUUAAUUUAUGGCGUGGCGAAUGAAAAAGAGAAUAUGUGUUGGAAAAUAAUGGAAGAAAGAUAACGCUAAGAAGGGCAGAGAUCUUUAUAAAGAAAAUAUAGAAGAAGAUGAUAACAGUGAAGCGAGUUCAUAAUGACUCUGCUAAUACGAAGAUGCAGAUAUACCAAUUAUUGGUGCUAUACAAAGCCUCUAAAGACCGAUGAGCUAUGCUUUCCAAUGCUAUUCGAUCGAAAUGUGACAAGAAGUAUGCGUAGUAUGUACACGAAUGCAAGUAGUUUGGAUGGUAGAGUCAAAAGAUGUUUAGAUUAUCUUGCAAAUGAAUAUAAGAAUAAAACCUUGAAAAGUAAUAGUUUUUUCGAAUCAAUCAGUCGGGACACCACUAGUGGAUUGUUGGACAAAAGGAUACAACUGGUAGAAAAUAUUCAGAAUUUACAAGAUCUAGUGAAACAAGAUACAGAGAUAAAAAAAUUAGCAGAAGAAGAAGAGCUAGUGUACAAGGAACAAUUGGAUGAACUGGAUAAGAACUUGUUGGAUAUAAUAUUGGCUGAUAUGUGCAAAGAGUGUUGCGACAAUAUCAUAAUUGAAAUAACAGCAGGUGUCGGCGGCCAGGAAGCUAUGCUGUUUGUUAAAAACUUGUACGAAAUGUACAUAGGCUAUGCUGAAUACUUGGGUCUGUGUCACGAGGUACUGGACAUGGACACGACUGACUGCAAUGGCUAUAGGAAUGUUACUAUCAUAGUGUCUGGUAAACAAACAUCCAAGUUCAGGUACGAAGGUGGUGUACAUCGAGUGCAGCGAGUGCCGACUACGGAAAAGUUGGGCAGGGUGCAUACUAGUACCGCUUCGGUGGCAAUUUUACCAAUACCAUCGGAAGUGGAGAUCGUAAUCAAUGAGAGAGACUUGAAAAUAGAGACAAAACGAGCAUCUGGCUCGGGUGGUCAGCAUGUAAAUAAAACGAAUUCUGCCGUGAGGAUAACUCACAUACCGACAGGAUUGAUCGUGGAAUGCCAAGUACAUAGGUCGCAGAUUAGAAAUAAAAAACUGGCAAUGAUGAGGCUGAGGAAUAUGAUGUAUGAGCAACAACUGAACAAGCAGACAUCAUUCAGAAGCGAACUGCGGAAGAAGCAGAUAGGCAUGGGAUUCAGAAAUGAGAAAGUCAGAACAUAUAAUUACAACCAGGAUCGUGUGACUGAUCAUAGGUUACAGAAUGGCACUUUCUACAAUUUGAGCGAAUUUAUGCAGGGUGGCGCGGGACUGGAGCAGCUGGAAGACAAACUACACAAAGAUACGCGGAUGAAGGCGCUGUUGGAAGUUGUAAAACAGUUGGAGAUACAACAGACAUAAUACAUAAAUUUUUCAGUCGAGUCAUCAUCUCGAUACAAUAAUCCUUUGUUUCAUGCAAAUGUUUGUAUAUGUCCAAAAAUUAUAAUACACGUUCGUAUAAUAUGGAUCAAGUUGUCUAUUCUUUGAGGAAAC